AUGUCUGGCCACUGCAAGCGAAGUCGCAUGGCUGAAUCCAGCUCGGAUGAGGCCGAUGAUGACAUGUCUGUGGAUGAGGAAGUCCCAGCCACGUCCAAGCGUAGCGCAUCUGUGUCAAAGAAGAUGCGCGGCUCGCUGGCUGCCACUGUUGUCACACAGGCUGGGAAGAAGGCUUGCACAGCCUCUGGCACCAGGGCCCUUUCUGGUGCAAGCGCUGCGAGCGCGCUACUCAAGAACAGCGCCAAGAACCACACUGCUGCCAUUCACGAGACCAGCAAAGGCCUGCGAAAGGGGAGGAGAGUGUCUGACAAUCCCCCAGCACUUGGAAAGGGCGCAAAGUCCAAGAAAGGCCGGGCGAAGCAGGAGGCGGAUUCAGGGGACAAGGACUCAUUGGUUAUCCGGAUUGGAAACAUUGUGUUUCUCUAUCAUGGCGUCACCGAGAGGGAGAGCGAGGAUGAAGGCGCAGCCUCAGACACCUCUCUGGACGUCAUGCGGGGCCAAUAUGUCAUACAGAACCCCCCCAAUGGCACACCAAACGACAUCGUGGACAGCUACAUCCACAUGCGCCUUGCAAAGAGUGAUCACUGGGUAGGAUUUGAGUUCGACUCCACUAUGUCACAUGAAGCGGUAGAGGCAUGGCUCGCAGGCCACUUUCCAGAGCUCCUUGAGUUCUUCUCGACCCUUCCUACUGUUCGCAACCUGUCCUCUUCCGCCGACUCCCCAUCCUAUGUUCCGCAGUGGCUCCUUUGCCGCAAGCAGGGGUGGUAUAUCCAUAAGGAUUACAAAAUCAUGCCCGGCUGCCCAUACCCCAACGGAGACGAUAUCUUGCAGCAAGUUGGAAAAAGUGAUGGCACCAAGUUCAGGGCUCUGUUCCUGGUUCUCACAACCGUCGAUCCUGUGCCCAGGAGCAUUAGGAAGACCUGGAUUUCAAAGGCCGGCCUCAUUGUUCCAGAACUGGGAGCAUCCAGCUCUGCUCAACCUGCCCAACCCGCUUUCAACGACGGCGACUCGAGCGUUGGCAAGGCCAUGGAGGAGUUUGACAAGGGCCUGACUGCGUUGCUGCCAUCCCUGUCCCAGCACCAUUGUGGUGCACUUUCAAUGGGAUGA